AUCCCCGGAAGUGGACUCGGAAGUAGAGCUUCACCGCCCGCGUGGCCUGCUGGGACUUGUAGUUCGAGUCCUCGACGAUGCCCUGGAGUGCUGCGUUACCAGGUGUGGGUCUUACCUCCGCAAGAGGUUGCUUUGUGGGCAUUUUGCAACAAGAAAGCAAUUGACCCAUGUUGCUGUGACAGUGAUGAGCAUGAGGAACUUAUGUUCCAACAGCAGCACAACAGUCACAGAAUCAUGCCUGAAAAGGUGCACGAAAGUCAUGCUGGGGUUUUUUAAACUGAAGAUUCCUAGCCCUGCCCCCAAAGGAGAACAGCAUUCCUUUCCCAUCCUCCUUCUUACCUCUCUGCACCCAGCAUUUUAUUGUGAAAUACCUCUACGGAUGCUUAGUGCCAAGUGUAUCUAGUGGGAGGAAAGUCAAACACAAAUUCUGUGGAGAACCUACAAGAGAAAGGCCUUCAGGGAGCUGGAGAAAUGACUCAGAGACUAAGAACACCUGUGGCUCUUACAAAUUCAGUUCCCAGCACCCACAUGGUGGCCCACAACCAUCCAUAACUCCAGUUCUAGGGGAUCCAGUGACCUCUUCUGACCUCCAUAAGUACCAGCAGGCAUGUGGUGGACAGACAUACAUGCAGGCAAAACACUUAUACAAAUGAAAUAAAAAUAUUGAGGGGGGGAUUUCAGAUUUAUCAUAGUAGCUUUCCUAGUGGCAAAUUUAGGAAAAGAUGGCCAGUCAGUACCUGGAUGUUGAAUUUAUAUUGUGAAUCUUCAAGAAGUACUCACAGACGUUGAAAUAGAUUCCUGUCAGUGAUUUCACUAACACUGGAAGUGAAAAAAUAUUUAUCUUUGAAGUCCCAAGCCAAAUGGCCGGACAGGACUCCUCCGUGAAGCUGUGUAAGGAGCCUCAGAGGAAAAGAGUUCUCUGUGUUACUGAAGAAAGAACUGGGAAAAGGAGUAAGGGGGGUGUCAUCCCAUAGUCCACUGUUCAGAGAAUCACACCUGAUGUAACAGAACCAACCACUAUCUCCAUCGUUCCCUAGUGAGACAGCUUGCCAAAAUGUCCAGUCCAAAGACUCUUUAGUUCCCUUUGACUGUGACAAUAAAGACAUUUGUAGAUGGGAACCACCAUUAGUCACCUGCAGUCUUCAGAGAAUCCACACAGAGGAACCCUAUAACUGGAAUGACUCCAGAAAGGCGCCUAGCACAACCCAGAUGGUCAUCUCAAGAAAACGCCCACUUCAGAAACUAUACAGAUGUGGUCAGUGUGGUGAGAACUUGACUCAGAACGCAGAGCUAAUGCUUCAUCAGAGAGACCACCUGAAAGGAAAAGCCUGCGGGUGUGAGCAUUGUGGGACCGGUUCACCGGGAGCUCCUCUGCUCGUCCAUCAGGCAGUCCCCAUGGAUGAGAGACCUUACAAGUGUGACAAGUGUGGGAAGGGCUUCACCAGGAGCUCCAGUCUGCUCGUCCAUCUUGCAGUCCAUACGGGUGAGAAACCCUACAAGUGCAACAGGUGUGGGAAGGGCUUCAGUCAGAGCUCCAAGCUCCACAUCCACCAGCGAGUCCACACUGGAGAGAAGCCGUAUGGGUGUGAGGAAUGCGGCAUGAGCUUCAGUCAGCGGUCAAACCUGCAUAUCCACCAGCGUGUCCACACGGGAGAGAGGCCCUACAAGUGUGGGGAGUGCGGAAAGGGCUUCAGCCAGAGCUCGAACCUCCACAUCCACCGCUGUAUCCACACGGGGGAGAAGCCCUACCAAUGCUGUGAGUGUGGGAAGGGCUUCAGCCAGAGCUCAGACCUGCGAAUCCACCUCAGGGUGCACACUGGAGAGAAGCCCUACCCCUGUGGCAAGUGUGGGAAGGGCUUCAGCCAGAGCUCCAAACUCCUCAUUCAUCAGAGAGUGCACACUGGAGAGAAGCCCUAUGAGUGCAGCAAGUGUGGGAAGGGCUUCAGCCAGAGUUCCAACCUCCACAUCCACCAGCGGGUUCACGGGAAGGACCUUCACUGACAUUGGCUGGCUCAGCACUGCAGAAUACUUUUAUUGUAAAGAUAAAUACUUUUCAUGGCUGAGGGCACAGGCCAGUGGUAGAGUGCCUGCCUCAAAUGUAUAAAGCCCUGGGUUUGCAUUCCAGUACCCACCCCGCAACAUUUCCAGCUUAAUACCUUGUACUUGAAGGAGUGUGUGUGUGUGUGUGUGUGUGUGUGUGUGUGUGUGUGUGUGUGUUUAUGUAGAGAGGAGUGCACGUGCUGUGCAAGUAUGUGCAUGCCUGUGUGCACAUGUGUGUGCAGGUCACAGGACAUCUCAGGUGCUCAGAUGCUCAUGAACUUUUUGUUUGAGACUGGGGUCCCUCACUUGUGGUCUGGAAUGUCACCCAGUAAGCUAGGCAGCGAGUUCCAUGGAUCUACCUGUCUACACAUCCCAGCUCACCAUGGCUAGGAUUAUACCUGUGUGACACCACACCCAAUCUGUUAUGUGGAUUCUGUCUCAAGCUUGCAAGACAAGAGCUUUACUGACUGAGCUAUCUCCCCAUGUCCUGGCUUAAUACUUUUGACUCUUACCUUUGUAAUUCUCAAAAGGAAAAGAUAGAAAGGGUUAUUCACCAGGAAAAAAGAAAAUCAAUCCUUCCUUAUAAGUA